AUGGAAAGUAUGGACAACAAUAGAAUAAAUUUGGAUUUGAGUUUGAAUAUAGAAUAUUCAGUAGAAGAUGUUUCUUCAAAAAAUGGUUCUUCUGACAUUAUUAUUAGUCGUAAUAUUAUAGACGAAGUUGAAGAAAUUGGAAUUUCUGAGAAAGAAAAUAUUUUGAUUUCUAGUCAAAAUAUUGAGAUAAAUGGAUUUUUACAAGAAAGUAGUGAGGUUGACACUUUUAAGGAGUCAAAUAUUGUUCCUUUUGUUGGUCAAAUUUUUCUUAGUGAGGAAGAAGCAUUUAUAUUUUAUAAGAGAUAUGCAUAUCAACACGGGUUCUCAGUUCGAAAAGGUAGAUUCAUCAAACAAAAUGGAAUUGUGAGUAGGCGUGAUUUCUUUUGCCAUCGUGAAGGUAGAACUGCCUUGAAAAUCAUUGAACCAUCGAAAGAACAAAGAAAUAGAGAAUCAACUAGGUGUGAAUGUAAAGCUCAUUUGCGAAUUUCUUUGCAAAAAACUCAUGACAUGUUUCCAAGUGAGUGGCGAGUUACAACAUUUGUUGUUGAACAUAAUCAUACUUUGCUAACUCAAUCAGAAGUGAGGUUCUUACCAGCUAAUCGAAUUAUCUCAGAUGAUUAUUCUGAACGAAUUUUCUUGUUAAAGGAAGGUGGACUUUCAGUUAGACAGUUAAUGCGUGUCAUAGAGCUAGAAAAAAAUGUGGAGCAUGGUUACCUUCCAUUUAUUGAAAAGGAUGUUCGUAAUCUGUUUUUGAAAGCCAAGAAAAAAGUUGAAAUAACUGAUGUUGUUGAUCUUCUUAAAUAUUGUGAGGAUGCAAAGAAGAGUUGCUCUAAAUUUCAGUAUGCAUAUACGCUUGACGAAGAAAGAAGGUUAGAGCAUAUAUUUUGGUCCCAUGCUUAUUGUUUUGAUUGGUACCAAGAAUAUGGGGAUGUUGUUGUAUUUGAUACUACAUACAAGGUAAAUUCUUAUGAAAUGCCAUUUGGAAUUUUUGUGGGUAUGAAUAGUCAUGGAAAGACUAUACUUUUUGGAUGUGCACUCUUACGAAAUGAAAAAACUUCUGCAUUUCGUUGGUUGAUGAAGAAGCCACCGAAGACUAUAUUAACAGAUCAAGAUCCAUGGAUGAAAGAAGCAAUUUCAAAAGAGUUGCCAUCAACAAAACACAGUUUUUGCAUAUGGCACAUCACUUUCAAGUUUAGUUGUUGGUUUAAUGCUAUACUCCGAGACAAAUAUCCAAAAUGGUGUGCUGAUUUUUAUGGCUUGUAUAAAUUGGAGACACGUGAAGAAUUUGAACAUCACUGGCCAAAAGUUGUUGCUAAGUAUAACUUGCAAUCAAAUAAACAUGUGAAAGGGUUGUAUGAAAUUAAAAUUUAUUGGGCACUUGCUUAUCUUCGUGACUAUUUCUUUGGUGGAAUGACAACCACAGGUAGAUCAGAGAGUAUUAAUGCAUUUAUCAAAAGAUUCAUAAAUUCCCAUACAACUUUAAGUGAUUUUACAAAGCAGGUUGAUUUAGCAAUCAAUGAUAUUAAGCAAAAAGAAGAGCAUGAAGCUAUGUUAGAAAAAUGCAAAAGAUUGAACAUGAAGCUGAUAUCACCUUUGCAAGAGCAAGCUCAUAAUCUUCUCACAGGUUUUGCUUUUCAAAAGUUUCAAGAGGAGUUUGAAAGGUCUAUCCAAUAUUCAAUUCAUCAUCAAAAUGGUAAUGCGUUUGUGUUGCGGUAUUAUAAAGAUGCUAAUAGUAGAAAACACAUGGUCUUUUGGGAUGGUAAAAUAGCUACAUGUAGCUGUAAGCACUUUGAGUUUUGGGGAAUAUUAUGUCGACACAUUCUCAGUAUUUUUCUGCAUAAAGAUUGUCAUGAAAUUCCUUCUAAUUAUUUGCCAUCACGAUGGCGACUUCAAGUAUCACAUGAGGAUGAGGAAGUAAAUCCUCAACCAAUCAAUGUUGUAUUUGAGGACCAAAUAAUAUGUUACAACAAUGAAGCUCAUGCGAAUGAUAUUGUUCAAUGCCCUCCGAUUUCCAAAACAAAAGGUCGUCCUAAAAGAAGACGUCUUAAAGGUGGAAAAGAGCUUUCACAUACCAUGAAUACAUGUGGAUUAUGCAAAGACAUAGGGCAUAAUAUUGCAACAUGUCCUCUAAAAGAAAAUAUUCAAUUUUCUGCUCACACUAAAAACAAGAAGCAGAAAAUAUGUCAAGAUGCAAAUUUAAAUCCAGUUCUUCUACAAAAAAUUUAG